CCAAACUGGAGGGAGUCGCAGCGCGAGAGGAGGACGGGACGAUGAUUAAGUUUGGGACACAACAGAAAGUGGAUGUUUGGAGGCGAAUACUUUUAUUCGUGGAAGGGAGAGAAAAAUAAAGAUGGACUUUUGACUUCUUGACGUCGUAGUCACGCGGGAGAGAGAAACGGUUUCCGAAUAAUAAGUUCACAUCUGGACCACCGGGAUGUUUGGAUGAGCAGUAACUCCGACAGGUCCUUCGAGCUCCAUGAUGCCAGUUCUGACGCGGCCCAGCUGAGCAGACCUCCCUCUGCUGUGUCCGGUGCUGUGGCGCCCCCUGCUGCGUGACCGAGGAAGGCCAGUCGGGACGCGCAGGAUGGCGAACCAACUGAAGGAUGGGAUGAACGCCGUCAUCGUCAGCCACUACAACCACUCAGGAAAGUGGGACAAGUCUCGCGGCGGCGGCGCCUGCAAGACGGCGCUGCUGCUCUUUAUCUGCGUGCUCAUCGUCCUGGAGAACGUCACGGUGCUGCUCACUCUCUGGAGGAACAAGCGCUUCCACAGUCGCAUGUACUUCCUCAUUGGGAACCUGGCGCUGUCUGACCUGCUGGCCGGCGUGGCCUACGUGGUCAACAUCUUCACCUCGGGGAGCAACACCUACUUCCUGACGCCGGCGCAGUGGCUGGCCAGAGAAGGGAGCAUGUUCGUGGCCCUCAGCGCGUCCACCUUCAGCCUCCUGGCCAUCGGGAUCGAGAGGCACAUGACCAUGGUGCGCUUGCGUCCGUGCGAGGCGGCGGGUCGGGGGAGGCUUCUCGGGCUGCUGGCGGCCUGCUGGCUCGUGUCGGUGCUGCUCAGCGCCCUGCCCAGCAUGGGCUGGAACUGCCUGGACAACAUGGCCUCCUGCUCCACGGUGCUCCCGCUCUACGCCAAGAGUUACGUGGCCUUCUGCAUCAGCGUGUUCAGCGCCCUGCUGGUGGCCAUCAUCAUCCUCUACAUCCGGAUUUACCGCCUGGUCACCUCCAGCGGCCGCAGGGUGAGCAGCCGGCCUUCGGAGCGCUCGCUGGCCUUGCUGCGGACGGUGGUGAUCGUUCUGGGAUUGUUUGUCAUGUGCUGGACGCCGCUCUUCGUCCUCCUGUUGCUGGAUGUCGGCUGCAGCCCAGACCGGUGCCCCGUGCUCUACCAGGUGGACUGGUUCAUAGCCCUGGCGGUCCUCAACUCGGCCCUCAACCCUCUGAUCUACACGCUGUCGAGCAGGGAGAUGAGGGCGGCCUUCUUCAGGCUGCUGUGCUGCUGCCAGGGCGGCCUGGAGCAAACCGGGACGGCCGCGGCGGGCAACCCCAACCUGGGAACGGUCAUCCCCACGGUGGAGAACAGCAAGACCAGCGCGGGGGGCGGCAGCGGGGGCGGCAAGUCCACGCUGAACAGGGGGAAGGUCCCCGCGGCCAUCAGCGCCGACAACAAGCACGGAGACCCCUCAGCCACUGGCGCGGCCCUUCCCGCCAGGCCCGCGCACCUCCUCUCGGCCGUGCUGGUGAAGGCGGGGGCGCUGCCGACCCUCGGCAAGUUCUGAGCGGCGGCGGCUCGACGGGGCUUUGCGGUCCCACGGGAGUAGACGCGGAACUGACACGCUCCUGCUGACAGACACUUUUUGUUUAUGCACUACGGCCAGUGUGGGUUUGGACGAUGUCGAUACUGAUGCAGAUGAAAGAACACUUAAAGCCACUAUUUACAAACACUUUUAUUCAUAAAAGUCCAGUGGACAGACAAUGGACAAUUUCAUAGAAAUGGAUUCAAACAAACCCCAAAUUGAAUUAAUUCAGGUCUAAAAGUAGACUUGGUAAUGCUUUAAACAAUAGCAUAUAUUUAACAUUAACAGGGUUGUAUCUGUAGAUGGGUUUAUUUUAUUGUGUCAUUAGAAAUAAUGGAGAUUAAGCGCUUUUUUUUGCUUGUGCUAUAUGCAUGCGUCACAAAUUGACUUGGUAAACUUUAUUUUCUGUGAAAACAUUUGCCAUCCUAAUGAUAUUGGUAUAGCUGGUUAAAAUAGUUUGUGUGAAUAGAAAACACCACGGUACUAGGACUUAAUUAUUGAUUUUUGUCGUGAUUUGAGAUGCACUGUGAGAGUAAAAGACCAAAAGUUGGUUUCUCAGACUUGCGGCCUCCCGAGGCUGUGAAUCACAUUACACACCAGAAAUAGAAAAGUUGUGGAUAAAAUAAAAACGACAGAAACAUUUAUUCUACUACAUUCUUACCACUUGUGGGCAAAGGUGUAAAGAUUGUCCUCGCAGUGGUGCUUCAGGAACAAAAAAGGACUGUCAAAAUCAGUGGAGUUCACCAUCUGCACAGAGGCCACUGUGGGAUAAAAGAGGCUCGGUUCUACAUAAGCACGACUGGCUCUUGUCUCGUCGGUCCACGCUCGACUGUGUCGGCUUAAGCUGGACGAAGGAAACCACUCGCACACUUCAACUAACCACUAGCGAAUGAGAGUGCUGGAUGUGCGCUAUUUAACGGCGGUAGACUGCAAAUUACAUUUCUGUCUAGGGUGGUGUAGUGCCCGAUACCAUCAUAUAGCAAAUUGAAUAAAAUCCUAUUGCCUUUUAUGA